AUGUGGAUGAUGGGCUACAACAACGCCGGCGACUUCAACACGCCUGCACCAGAUUCCUUCGCCGGCCGGAAGCUUCGACCUCUUAUGCCAUGGCCCAACAUUAACGGUGCAACUACAGCACCUCCUCCUUGUCUCAACCGCAUCCACGGCACUGAUCUUUUCCCUCUAAAUCACCAUCUCUGGGGUGAAGAGCAAAAUAAGAGAGAGUUAAGCAGUAGUACACAACAGGUUAUAGUGAGUUCACGGUGGAAUCCCACGCCGGACCAGCUCCAAACCCUUGAAGAACUAUACCGGCGGGGGACGCGGACCCCUUCCGCAGAUCAAAUUCAGCACAUCACCGCACAGCUCCGCCGCUACGGUAAGAUUGAAGGCAAAAAUGUUUUCUACUGGUUCCAAAAUCACAAGGCCAGGGAACGCCAGAAACGCCGCCGCCAAAUGGAGUCCCUCGCCGACGGCCGGCAGUUAGUCCUCGACGUCGAAACCUUCGAGAGGAAAGAAUCAGGGGCAGGCAGGACAGUUUAUGAAGUUGAACAGACAAAGAACUGGGCACCUUCUACGAACUGCAGUACACUUGCAGAGGAAUCUGUUCCAAUACAAAAGGCAUGGAGAACAGCAACAGCAACAGCUGCAGCAUCAGACGGAUGGAUCCAACUCGAUGAAUUAGGAGGACUGCAGCAAAGACAAAGCCUGGUCGAGAGGAAUGCCACGUGGCAGAUGAUGCAUUUGUCUCGUCCUUUCCCUCACACCCACCUCAUAAACACAUCUUAUUCUGCUACUGCUGCUAAUACUAAUGCUACUUCAAUUGCUGCAGCAGCAGCAACAGCAGCUGUGAGAAGUAAUAGGGACCCAAAGCACAUUAAACCUCACGACCUGAACAUAUUUCUUGCACCACACAGAGAAGAAGAAGACGAAGAAGAAGAUAACAAUGGCGAGGAACGCUGUGGGGACGACAGUUCUCAAACCCUCCAGCUGUUUCCUCUUCGGGGCAGCAGCGACGGCGAAAGCAUUAAUGUUACCGAGAAGGAGACUGCGAUGUCGACGGCAGCCAUGGACGCCACCUUCUGUACUCCCAGCCAGUUCAUUGAGUUUCUCCCAUUGAAGUACUAA